AUGCAAGUUUUCCAGAGACUGCUGGGAACAGAGAAUCUUGAGUCUAAGUGUGUACCAGAUAGAGCUCCAACAGGCAAAACAGGCUUUCCCUGGCCUCCCGUCAAGCCCAGCUGGGAACCUGUGCAUGGGCACUGGGGAACAGAUGGGAAUACACCAUGGGAGAGUUUCUCCGCUCCAUCCAUAGCCUUCCCUGGAGGCCCUGGCUGGCUAGAGCUCACUGAGUUCCUCCUGACCCACUGCAGCCCCAGGCUCAGUGGGAAGGGCUGGGUUGGAAAGCCUGAUGCAGUGGCCAGCAGUCGGGCUGGCAUCACAGAAACAGUUGGAAUUUCAGGAGGUGGCCAUCUAUACUGGGAGCCCCAGUGCCAGCAGCCAGUGCCUAAUGGUAUGCCCACCACUGUGGUCCUGCCCCCACACCUCAGAAGAACCUGGAUCUCCACUAGCACCUGCGAGGUACGUGCAGGACCAGAAUUCCUCGCCUGCUCCUACACCUUCUAUUCCAACCGUCUCUUCCAAGCCUACCAGUUCUACUACAGGGACCCCUCCUGCCAGAAGCCUGCCCACUCACUGCUCAUCAAGGGCAAAGUCCAUGUGCGCCGGGCCUCCUGGAUCAGCCAGGGUGCCACCGAGGCCGACUACCAUCUUCACAAGGUGGGCAUAGUCUUUCACAGCCACCACUCCCUGCUCGACAUUGUCAGGCUCCUCAACCAGACCCAGGCUGGCCAGGACUGUACAGGACGGCUGCCCCCAGACUGGGCCUGGCUGCUGGAGACACUGUAUGAGCUGCUGAGCUCCCGGGUACCAAGUGACUGCAUGGCCGCACUGGGCUUCAGCAUGCAUGAACUCAGUCUGCUCUGCCUGCAGUAUCACAUGCAACAGCUGCCUGGGGAGGCACCCCAUCUAGUCAAGGAGUUGUUCCUUGAGGACAUCCACACCGAUGUGCAGAGGCAGCACUACCGUCCCACUGGCUACCAGUGCCCCCUGGAAAGUGUUCUGCACCACACUUGGCCCUGCCUGGCCUGCAGUCUCAUUGCCUGCUCCGACGAGUACCACCCACUUGUGCUGCCUUCCUGGCCAGCUCUGCCACUGCACCUGGGAGGUCACUGGGUCAGCACAGGCUGCGAGACAAGGCCUGCUGUGUUGUUCCUCACUCGGCUCUUCACCUUCGAUGACCACAACGGCUCCUGGGAAGGGCACUACCACUAUUUCUCUGAUCCCGCUUGCCACCAGCCCACCUUCACCGUGUUUGCAGCUGGCCACUACUCCAGAGGCACCCCAUCCCCCAGGGUCCACUGUGGCACUGAACUGACGUUUGAGGUGACACGGGCCUAUGUGACCCCCAUGGACCAGGUCACUACAGCCAUACUCAACUUCUCCAAAGCAAGCAGCUGUGGAGGUCCAGGGGUCUGGUCAGUAGGCACGGAGAGGGAUGUCACAGCCACCAACGGGUGCCUACCAUUGGGUAUAAAGCUUCCACAUAUAGAGUAUGAGCUGUUCAAAAUGGAACAAGACCUCUGCCUGCUUUUCAUUGGGCAGAGGCCCACAGACGGGUCUAGUCCUGACACUCCUGAGAAGCACCCCACCUCCUUCCAGGUACCCCUGGUACUCUGCAAGAGGCAGGUCCAAGGGACCCCCAGACCCUUACAGCACAGGCUUCCAAUGCAGAGUUCCCCCACUGGGUGGGCACCAUAUCUUCCUGUCAUGCCACUUCCCAUACUACUCCUGGUUCAAGGCCUGGCCCCCUUUGGGUGGCUAUGA